AUGGUUGCACAGAAAACAGUGGUGAUAAUUAAACUAAACAAGGAAUAUCCUUCUGAUACACAAUGCAACUCUUUUUCUAGCAUAAUUCCUAAGUAUUACCAGCACAUCCUAGCCUUGGCAUUUGCAGUGAAGGAGAUCAAUGAAAACCCUCAGAUCUUACCAAAUGUCACCCUGGGCUUCCGCAUCUAUGACAGUUAUGACAAGGCAAGGAAGACCUAUCAUGCCACAUUGCUGCUUCUAUCAGCACUAAAGAGGUUGAUCCCCAACUACCAAUGUGACAUCCAGAAAAAUCUAAUUGCAGUCAUUGGAGGGCUGGAAUCCCAAAUCUCUCUUUAUGUGGCAACUAUCUUAGAUAUCUAUAAGAUUCCACAGCUCAUAUAUGGCUCUGCUCCAGUAAUGAAUGAUAAAACCCCAGGCCUUUCCUUGUACCAGAUGGUCCCUCAGGAAGCCCACCAGUAUGCAGGGAUUCUCUCUUUGCUCCUACAUUUUAAGUGGACGUGGAUCGGGGUUCUUAUUUUGGAUGAUGACAGUGGAGAAAGAUUUGUGCAGGCUGUGUUUCCAGAGUUUUCCCGGAAUGGUGUUUGUUUUGCCUUCAAAGAAAGACUCCCCAAAUUCAUUUCUGUCAGUCAAUUUAUGGAUAUACUACAACAGGGUGUAAAAAUAUAUGAUCAAAUCAUGGGCAGCAAAGCUAACGCAGUUGUUGUCUAUGGAGAUUCUUUUUCCAUGGCAUUUCUGAGAUGGUUUGCACAUGUGCCCGCAAUAGAGCAUGUGGCAAACCAACCAAAAGGUCGAGUGUGGAUAAUGACAGCCCAGAUGGAGCUCACAUCUUUCCUUUUUCAGAGGAAUUGGGAUACAGAAAUAAUGCACGGUGCUCUGUCCUUCACAAUUCACUCCAGUAACCCACCAGGAUUCAAGCUGUUUGCUGAGAGCAGAAACCCUUCCAGCACAAAAGAAGAUGGAUUUAUCAGGGACUUCUGGCAUCAAGCCUUUGACUGUGUCCUUCCAGAUACUAUUGUGAGCAAUGUGGAUGGCAACAUUUGCACAGGGGAGGAGACGUUGAAGAGCCUUCCAUCAAUUUUCUUUGAAAUGAGCAUUACUAGUCAUAGCUACAGCAUCUAUACUGCUGUCUACACAGUGGCCCAUGCUUUGCAGGUCAUGUCAUCAUCUAAACUGAAACACAGGGCAAUGACAGAUAAAGGAGGACUAAACCUUCAUACUCAAGAUUCAUGGAAGCUCCAUCACUUUCUAAGACGUGUUUCAUUUAACAACACUGCUGGGGACAAAGUUUCCUUCAAUCACAAUGGGGAAUUAGUUGCUGGAUUUGAUCUUAUUAACUUGAUUGCUUCUUCAAACAAAUCCUAUCACCAAGUGCAAAUUGGGAGGAUGGACCCCCAGGCUCCUCCAGAGCAAGUGUUCAGCAUCCAUGAGGAUGCCAUUACAUGGCACAACUGGUUUAAUCAGGCACAGCCUCUUUCUGUCUGUACUGAAAGUUGCCCUCCUGGUUUUAGAAAGAAAGUGAAGGAGGGGGAGCCAUUUUGCUGCUAUGAUUGCAUCCCAUGUCCAGAAGGGAAGAUUUCAGACCAGGAAGACAUGAAUGAGUGUUCUAAAUGCAAAGACAAUAGUUAUCCAAGCAAAAAACAGGAUUUCUGUAUUCCUAAAAUGUUAACGUUCUUGUCAUAUGAAGAACCUUUGGGGAUAUCCUUAACAUUAUUUGCACUUUCCUUAUCUUUAAUCACAGCCCUGGUGCUAGGAACAUUUAUGAAGCACCACAACACACCCAUAGUCAUAGCCAACAACAGGAACCUCACCUACACUCUCCUUAUUUCUCUCCUGCUCUGCUUCCUUUGUACAUUGCUCUUCAUUGGCCAGCCUCAGAAGGUGACGUGUCUCCUCCGACAAACUGCUUUUGGUAUAAUCUUCUCAGUGGCUGUUUCUUGUGUAUUGGCAAAAACCAUCACAGUAGUUUUGGCUUUCAUGGCCACCAAACCAGGAUCCAGGAUGAGGAAGUGGGUGGGGAUGAGAUUGACUAAUUCCAUCGUUGUUUCCUGCUCCCUUAUUCAAGCAGGUGUCUGUAUUGUGUGGCUGGGAACCACGCCCCCAUUCCCAGAUGUUGACAUGCACUCAAUGGCUAAAGAAAUUGUACUGGAAUGUAAUGAGGGAUCAGUGACUAUGUUCUACUGUGUCCUGGGCUACAUGGGCUUCCUGGCCAUUAUCAGUUUCACUGUUGCAUUCCUCGCCAGGAAGUUACCUGACAGUUUCAAUGAAGCCAAGUUCAUCACUUUCAGCAUGUUGGUCUUUUGCAGUGUUUGGCUAUCCUUUAUUCCAUCCUACCUUAGCACUAAGGGAAAAUAUAUGGUAGCUGUGGAGAUCUUUUCUAUCUUAGCCUCCAGUGCUGGGCUGUUGGGGUGCAUAUUUGCCCCCAAAUGCUUCAUUAUUUUGUUGCGGCCUGAGUUGAACAACAGGGAAUACCUAAUAAAAAAUAAGGACUGA